UUUGAAGAGGACAUUUUGGACAUCUGCUUGCAGUUGCUGGACACCAACCCCAAGUUCCUCCUCAAUCAAGACAAGGACUGUUCUCGACGCAACAGCCCCGUCUACAUCAGCAGGGUGGUGAGCGCCAUGGUCAACUGCAACGAUGACAAAGGGGUCCUUUUCGGACGCUGGGACAACCGCUAUGGCGAUGGGAUCAGCCCCACGACCUGGAGUGGGAGUGUGGACAUUCUACGGAGGUGGCAGAAGUACGGAUGCCAACCGGUUCGAUACGGGCAAUGCUGGGUCUUCGCCGCAGUGGCCUGCACAGUGCUCCGCUGCCUCGGGAUCCCGACUCGCGUGGUGACCAACUACAACUCCGCCCACGACACCAACGGGAACUUGACCAUCGAGCAAUAUUUGGACGAGAACGGGAAGCUGCAGAGGGGCAACCGGGAGCUCAUCUG